GAGGGGAACUCGAACUGUUUCUGGGCGAAGAGGUUAGGAUUGGAGUAUUUUGGGGGGAUGAAUGAGUUGUGGGUUAAGCAUUGUGGGAUCUCACAUACGGGGUCGUUUAAGGAUCUCGGGAUGACUGUUCUUGUUUCUCAGGUAAAUCGCCUCCGGCGUCUCAAACGCCCAAUAGCAGGCGUUGGUUGUGCGUCCACUGGGGAUACUUCUGCAGCCCUUUCUGCGUACUGUGCUGCUGCUGGCAUCCCCUCUAUUGUCUUCCUUCCUGCAGAUCGUAUCUCCAUUGCUCAACUUGUUCAGCCCAUUGCGAAUGGUGCCACCGUUCUUUCCCUUGAUACUGACUUUGAUGGCUGUAUGAGAUUGAUCCGGGAAGUAACUGCUGAACUUCCCAUUUACCUAGCCAACUCCCUCAAUUCCCUCCGCCUUGAAGGCCAGAAGACUGCAGCCAUUGAAAUCGUUCAACAGUUUGAUUGGCAAGUGCCUGACUGGGUCAUUAUCCCAGGUGGUAAUCUGGGCAACAUCUACGCGUUCUACAAAGGGUUUGAGCUAUGCCGAGAACUUGGCCUAGUUGAUAAAGUGCCCCGGCUGGUGUGUGCACAAGCUGCAAAUGCUAAUCCACUCUAUCUCUAUUACAAGUCUGAAUGGAAGGACUUCAAGCCUGUUAUUGCCAGCCAAACCUUUGCCUCUGCUAUUCAAAUUGGUGACCCUGUGUCAAUUGAUCGGGCAGUGCAUGCCCUCAAGGCUACCAAUGGAAUUGUUGAGGAGGCUACGGAGGAGGAGUUGAUGAAUGCAACAGCUCAAGCUGAUCAGACCGGUAUGUUUGCAUGCCCUCACACUGGGGUUGCGCUCACUGCAUUGAAGAAGUUGAGGGAUCAAGGGGUGAUCAAUAAGAAUGACAGGACGGUGGUCGUGAGUACGGCACAUGGUUUGAAGUUCACACAGUCAAAGGUGGAUUACCACUCACGGGAGAUUCAAAACAUGCUUUGUCAAUAUGCCAAUCCACCAGUGAAUGUGAAGGCAGAUUUUGGUUCAGUUAUGGAUGUAUUGAAGAAGAAGCUCUCUAGGAAUAUCUAAUGAUAUAAUGGCAUGCUAGCUUACCAGCUUCCAGGAGGUUUUGGUUGCUUUCAGCUUUCUUGAAGACGAGCCACUCAAUGUCAGUAGCUUUUAAUGGCCGUGAGCAGUUGGUUGCUUUCGGCUUUCUCGAAGAUGAGCCACUUAAUAUUAGUAAGCCUUUAAUGGCCAUGAGCAGCAUCAGAAUUUUGGAAUAUAAAUCAUUAUAUUUGAUAAGACUACAUAUUACUCUGAAGCGUGCUUAAUAUUUUGUUUUCAAUUCUUGGUCUGGACCUAUUAUGUAUUGUGUUGUGAUCUUGGCAUAACGAUGAUGAUUUUUUUUUU